AUGGAUGCGAUGUUAUGGUUCACCAAAGACAAGAAACCAAUGGAAUCAUCAAUUUUUUCUCAUCACAUUGUGCUUCGUUCAAAAUUAGAUAAAUUACCACUACUUUCUACCAAGAAAACAGGUUACCGAGCAUCUCAUCUAUGUGAUACAACUGGGUGUUUAUCCGAAAGCCAUAUUAUUGUCGAAACAGAAGAACAAAACGAUUCUCGAAGAUUUUGUCAAGGCAUAUUUUUACACAUCUAUCAACAUUCUAAUGGCAAUAAAAAAUCAUUCAAAUACAGUUGUCGCAAGAUCAAAAUUAUGAUAACAGAUGAUAGUAAACUUUCAUCUCUUUGUGGAUAG